CCCGCCUCCAUGUGGCAGUGAGCGCGGAGCGGACCCAUCCGCAGGGCCGAGGAGCGGCAGCGAGCGAUGGGCGACACGGCUCCCCCCCAGGCCGCGGGGCUGGCGGCCGGGCUGCUGGGGGGGGGCCCGGCGGCGCCCCGCGUGCACAGCGCCAUCGUGGAGCGGCUGCGGGCCCGCAUCGCCGUCUGCCGCCAGCACCACCUCAGCUGCGAAGGACGCUACGAGCGCGGCCGCGCCGAGAGCUCCGACCGCGAGCGGGAGAGCACCUUGCAGCUCCUCCACCUCGUGCAGCAGGGGCAGGGAGCCCGCAAGGCCGCCAAGCACCCCAAGGCGGCCGCGGGAACGGCGGGAGGAGGAGGAGGCGGCGCGGCCGCCCCGACCGCCGCCGCCGCCGCCGCCGCGCCCCCGGACUACCACCAGCACCUCCUCAGCAACGGCGGCAUCAACGGGGAGCAGCCGGCGGGGGAGCAGCGCGCCUCGGCCCUGCUGGCGCUCCAAGGAUCCUUGAAGAGAAAGUUGGUUGUAAAUCUGUCACCUGUCAACAACAAGAGGCCAAACGGGGUUUCAGACAACUCUUUCCUUGACAUUAAGAGGAUAAGAGUGGGUGAUAAUAUCUCAAUGGGACAAGGUGGGCAUCAUGUUAACAAUUGCCAAAGCCAGUCAAUGUCUGGAACUAUGACUGUGGGGCAAGGAUCACAAAGAAAGACCAACAACCUAGCAAACAACACGCAUGCCAGUGGGAAUGGCAUUUUUAAUAUGACCUUGAAAGAAGUAAAGAAAGAACCAGGAGAAACAAUGUCUUGCAGCAAACACUUAGAUGGCCAGAUGUCCCAUGAGAACAUGUUCCCUAACAGAUAUGGGGAAGACUCAGGGGAACAGAUGAUGGAUCCAGAGCUCCAGGAACUAUUUAAUGAACUGACUAAUAUAUCAGUACCACCAAUGAGUGAUCUUGAACUAGAGAAUAUGAUAAAUGCCACAAUAAAACAGGAUGAGCCGUUCAACAUUGACCUUGGGCAGCAAAGCCAGAGGGGCCCUGUGAGGCCCCUGCAGAUGGAUAAGAUGGUAAUUAAGAGUGAGUAUGCACCAGGCAUGAACCAGGCUCCUGUAGGGUCCCCACAGAUGAGGCCUUCUUCUACAGGUCCAGCCUUCACUAUGGCCACUGCUGCCAUGUCCACCUCUUCACCCAUCCCUUCGGUGCCUCAGAAUCAAACACAAGUAGCACAGGUUUCCUCUGCAUCCAGUCGGCCAUUGCCUAACUGGCAGGAGGUUUCUCAUGCGCAGCAACUCAAGCAGAUCGCAGCCAACCGUCAGCAGCAUGCCUUGAUCCAGCAGCAACAGCAGCAGCAGAACCAGACGGCCAACUGGUCCACCUUGUCUUCAUCAGGUCCUUCACCCGGACCCUUUGUGCAAGAAAAAAUCCCCAGUCCUUCUUUUCGUCAGCAGCAGUUCAGUCCUCAGAGCUCAGCAAUGCUUGGAGUACCUGUGAAUGGAAACCAGUCGAAAGGGAUGAACAAUUAUGUUUAUAAGCCAACUACUCCCCAGAGUAAUCCCAUGGACGUGAUCAUGCAACAGAAGACUCAGGACCUCAACAGAAAUUUUAUUAACAGUGCUCAGCCACCACUAGAGCAGCAUCAUGGUAAUACAAAGCCUUUGUUUCACUUUAACUCAGAGCAAACAAACCAGCAGAUGCCUUCAGUUUUGGGUUCCCAAAGCAAGCCUUCCCUUCUGCACUACACGCAGCAGGCUCAGAGUUCAGCACCAGUGCAACAGCCACAGCCACAGCAGCAACAGCAGCCACAGCCGCCGCCUGCUCAGCCUCUCCCAAACCAGUCUCUUCAAAGGCCACCCAAUGUGCCCCUAGCAAUGCAACAGAAAAUGAUGCUUCAGAAAAUUCAGCAAAGCCAGCAAAUCUCAGGUUUGCAGUAUCCAGUCUCUCAGCAGCACAGACAGGAUCAACAUUCUGUGGUAGGUCAGGGAGCUGGCCCCACUCCAAACUCCAGUUCUUGCUCAAAUCCAAACACUGGAAGUGGUUACAUGAACUCAUCCCAGCAAUCAAUGUUGAAUCAGCAACUGAUGGAAAAGAAGCAGGCUCUGCAACGGCAAAUGAUGGAGCAAAAACAACUCCUCCUACAGCAGCAGAUGUUGGCAGAAGCUGAGAAAAUCACUCCACAAGAUCAGCUGAACAGACACUUGACACGACCACCACCGGACUAUAAAGACCAAAGAAGGAAUGUGGUCAACAUGCAACAAGCAAACCAGUAUCCUGGUGGUUCGCCAGCUGUGAGCAUGAACUCCAGCAUGUCCUUAUCAAACCCAAUUUCAACACACAGCAUCAUGCCUCAGAGCUCCAGUCUCAUGUCCACCCCUGCUGGGACCCGAAUGCCUUCUGUUCCUGCUGCUCGGAGUAUGGGCUGCUAUGGGAGCCUUCCUUGCAACCAACCGAGUGCGUACAGCGUGACUUCAGGAAUGAACCAGAUGCAGCCACACAGAAACCAAAACCAAGUCCUGCCCAGUCAGAAUAACGCCAUGAUGUCUCGACAGCAAACCAUGACGCAGAGCAACAACGUAGCUGCUUUUGGGACUGGGUCAGUGGUCAGCUCACAGCAAGUAAGGCCAAGUUUGAACCACGGAGCCACAGGUAUCCCCGUGCAAAGACCACCCAAUGUGAUGAUCACAGCUACGGCCACUGCUCAGAACUGGGCCCCGCAAGAAGCUGCUGUGAAGCAGCAGGACGCACUGAAACCUGCCGGUGUCCGUUUUCCCACAGGCACUCCAUAUUCUAACCAGUCUUUGCAACGCAACAUGGGCAACCAGCAUUUUCCUCAGCGUGCAUUGGCACCACCUAAUCAAUUAACAGCGGGAGUCCAAAUGAGGCCUCCUCUGAACCAAAUGCACCAGACUGUAAAUGGACAAUCUGCUGGUUCACUACGAGGUCUAAGUGUAAGACCCAACCAGCUAAGAGGACAGACUGUGCCUACCUUGAAUCAGCCUGGAACAAGUAUGACACCUCCGUCGUCUCUGCCAUCUACCAGUUUCACAUCUACCAACCAAAACUCCCGGGCUUACCAAGCAGGCGACCAUGGUAGUGACCUCGCAUUUGACUUUCUGAACCAGCAGAGUGACAGUAUAGGACCUGCACUCAACAGUGAUUCAGACUUUAUAGAUUCUUUACUGAAAACGGAACCUGGUAAUGAUGACUGGAUGAAAGACAUCAAUCUUGAUGAGAUUUUGGGGAACCACUCGUAAGUGACAGUGCCAAGGGUGAAACAGAUGAAGAAGCAGGAAGGACGUUAGCUUUUUCUUUAGAUGCCAACAGUCUGCUUUAUUAACUUACACUCCAGUAACUGGGCUAUCCUUUAAAAUACCACAUAGGGCGACCACCUUGUUUGAAGAGUUGCUCUAGGAACAGCAGUGAUGUCUCCCUGAUCAAACGAUAAUGUAAACGGUAGUCAUGGCUGACAGAAAGGAGUGAGAAUACAUGAAGGGUCUGUUCCUCACGCUGGUGCCCAGCACAUUGCAAACUCAUUAGUUCUUCUUGUGGGUGCUGUGUGGAAAAACACUUAGCUUCCCACACACUGAAGCACCAGAGAGUGGUAUGGGCUGUGAAACAUCAUUUCUCUGAGUGUAAGUAGCAGCCCAAGUGGUCCAGAGAUCUUCAGUCAUUGUCUUCGCAGCCCUUAACUACCUUGGGACUACUCAGCCCUGACAGGAUCAGGCUCUGUGUAAAUCUCAUAGCGUUACAAAAACUGUUUACUUCUACAUAGUACAGACAUUGUGUUUCCAAUGGUUUUGUUUUAAACUUAUGUUUUGUACCACACAAAAGGGUAAGUGGUCCCAUCCAAGGAAAGGAGACAGAUCGUGCAACAGAAGUCAGCAUGUAACUCGGUGUGCUCUAGUUUCUGCUUUCUCUCUUUUGCCAGCGCCUGCAGCCAGUAUCAGAGGAGGCUGCCUUCCUGUCAGCAGCACAUUUGGAGCAUAGAGGGAGACAUGAUGUGAACUAUGUCAGAGCUCGGGAGCCUUCCUUUGCCACCUUGCCCUACCCCAACAACACCAGUGACUUAAUGGACAAAUUAAUUGAGAAAGGUGCUCACAGUUUUGACCCUCAUGGGCUACUUUCCCAGUCCAGCCUACAGAAGGGCAAAUACAUGAUGUGGCUCAGUGAAGCCACAGCAAGUAUCCCCAUUUUCAUCUUAACCUAAGGCACAGGUCAGGUAAUUCAGCCCAGUCCCAAUCUAUCAAACAGGUUCUUCUUUGCAGGAAUUCUCUCUGUCUGGGAGAGACUACCAUUUUGACUGCACAGUACUUUGGCUCCACUUUCCAAAGCUUACCUUUGGCAUAUGAGGGAGUUUAAGAGGUCCAGCGAUGGUCCACAUCAACACAGCUUCUUUCAGCAGAGUACAAGGGUGCUGCCUCUGCAACCAGCAUGUAUACACAUCCAUUUAACCGCCUGGGUUACCUGCAGUAUUCGCCACAUCUAUGCUUGUAAAUCGAACAGUUUUGAAGAAUAUUUCUGGGCACAUUUCCUUGACCAAUUUCUGCAUAUCAAUAGGAAAUUAACUUGAGUCAUAGCAAGUUUGCAGCUACCAUGCACUGAAGGCUAAUAGAACAGAGUAGUAAGGAUAUGGGUUCCACAUUGAUUGACUUCACUGCUAGAGAACAGUCUUGACCGUGUUAAAUUUUCACCUAUAGGCUUGGCCAGUAAGAACAUCAGAAAGUGGUUCCAUGUCACAAUAAAGUGGCUCUACUGUGAGUCUGGCAGGCGGAUUCAGGAAUGGGAACAGAUCUUGCAAUUCAAAUGAAAAUGCUGUUCUUUAAAAUGAUGUGGUGAGACGAGUUUCACAGUCUCCUCUGAAUCAGUUAAAACUAGAUGUGGCAAAGGAAUACAAUGCCUACGUUCACAUGCUUCGGCGCCAAGAGGCACUGCUCUGCCCCAUCCGUGCAAGUGCUUUAUUCAUCCUUGUUAGUGGCAGUGGAAUGAGUAGACUAUCUGACAAUAGCCUCUGCACUUAUCUGACCUAUUUCUCAAGUGAGGUUUUAAUAAGGCUUUUCCAGUUAUUCCUCACUGGGCAUUUCAUGCGGGCACAACUUUUCAUGAUGUUUCAGGAAGCAUGGUCACACGCACAAGUGACAGCACCUCCAAGAAAGGUGUAACAUGGGCAUUUGGUGAGAUGUACCAGUUGAGGCAGGUGAUCCGUGAUGCUAUUAACUCCCAGACACGCUGUUCAUGAGAGAUAUGAGAAACCAUGCUGGAAUGUCCCUUCUGCCCCACCUAGUGAUCACUGUACAUCGCUGCCUUGCAUACUGUGGUGGCUCAGCUGCCCAGAAAGCUCCAUUUUAUCCCCAGUUUUCACUGGGGUGCAUGCAGUACUGAUGUUUCCAAGUCUUUAAAAAGCUUUUCAGCUCAGGCUACUGAGGUAGGUAGGCACCCUACCUACUUUGGGAGUGAUACAGAUGCAUCCCCUAUAUACUGUGCAAAACUAGAGUGAAAUGGUAGGUAGGAGUUCAAAGAUCAGCACACAGAGACACACACCAUCUGUGAGCAGGUCAGCAGUGACCACCCAACCUCUUGUAUGAGCAGACAGUUCUGAUGCUAAAGCUGAGGCUGGGUUAGUCUCAUCACAAGCAAUGAGCACUAAAGUCUGCUAACUUCAGCUGCACUCACAUGCCAUUGAAGAAGCCACCUGUACUGAGACCAGAUUGUUUUCCAGAUCUUCAAAUGAUGUAAAGUAAUGCAGAGCUGAGGAGCUGGUCCCAAGUCUUCAAGCUAUCAUCCAGUGCUGGAUUCAAUGCUGAGCUUUGUACUGUUGGCCCCAGCCGGCAGUAGAGGAGACACUGGGCAUCCCUGGGAUCAAAAUGGCAUUCUGUCUUAAGCAAACCCAGCAAGGCCACAGCAGUCCUGUAAAGAUACACCUGAUGCAUUUGAAAUAGGAGCUGGCAAAAGACUUGCUACCAAAACUUGAAUCCAGUGUCAUUUCUUCAGAACACCUGUGUCCAAACAGAGUUAGCAUCUUUGUUUUCCUUUCUUUGCAAUGGCUAAGUGCACUACCCUUAGAGUCUAUUUUUCAUCAUCGACUGAGCACUCUUCGCAGUAUUGGGUUGUAAAUAUAAAGAAUUAUUUGUUUUGUAAACUUUU